GCAGACUCAGUCAAAUACGGCGUUCCCCAAAACUUUUAAAAGGUUUGUUCUGCACAUUCCGUUACCAUGAAGGUUUUGAUCCUAGUUGCUUUGGUUGCCGUGGCAACGGCUAAACCAGCUGAAAGCUCCAUUGAUCGUCUUGCCCGCUCUCUGGCCGAAGACGAGGUGAUGAAGAGGAAUAUCAUCAGUGACUUAGUUGCUGCCAUCUGUACCCCCGUCAUGGACUCCGUGAUCGGUCUAACAAAUGGCGGAUGUGCCCUUCUGUCCUCUUCUGCCGACAGCACCUGCACACAGCUUGCUGAACAGUACCUUGGCAGCUUCCUGAAAGGUCUAGUCAAGGGCCCUGUUGCAACCAUGUGCUCUAACUUGGCCCAAAUCGCCGUCAACGAGUGCAACAAAGGAACCGUGCAAAAUUUCGCCGGCAACGUAUGCACCAAACUUGCCAACUUAAUUGGCUAA